AUGUCGCGGGGCCCCGUGUCGGCGGUGCGGCUGCUGGCGCUGCUGAUCUGUUUGAAUUAUGGACAUGGGCUCAAUGUGAAGGUUUAUAACCGAAAUGACAGGAGUGGCAUGUUGUCUCAUCCCAACAGCCUGGUCAGACAGAAGCGAGAAUGGACAGUUCCUCCAGCUUUCAUACGAGAGGAGGAGGACAAUUCCUAUAAGAAUCCAAUUGCUAGAAUACAUUCAGAUCUUGAAGAUACAGGAAUAGUAGUAACUUACACUAUAUCUGGUCAAGGAGUAACUGAACCCCCUUAUGGAUUAUUUGUUAUCAAUGGAAAGACUGGUGACUUGAACAUAACAGGAAGGGUGGACAGAGAAAAGACUCCAAUUCUUCUUGUCCGAGGCCACGCACUAGAUAAGAAUGGGGCAAAACUGGAAGAGCCAAUAGACCUCCCAAUUAAAGUUGUGGACAUAAAUGACAAUUUUCCAGUGUUUUCACAUGAAGUUUUUGUUGGUUCAAUUGAAGAAUUAAGUGAAACUGGUACAAUUGUAAUGAGGAUAAAUGCAACAGAUGCAGAUGAACCAAAUAAUUUGAAUUCCAAAAUUGCUUUCAGGAUUGUUUCUCAAAGUCCUAGCGCUGCAUUCAGCAUGGAUAAGAAUACUGGCGAGGUUCGAGUAGCAAAAAUAAACCUUGACAGAGAGACACAAAGUAGCUACUCUUUGGUGGUGGAAGCGAAGGACCGUGGUGGUGAAGCAGGUGGGAAUGCUGCAACAUGUUCUUUAGAAAUUAAGAUUCUGGAUGUCAAUGACAAUAUACCUGUUGUUGAAAGUCAUGCAUUUGAAGGAAGCAUUGAAGAAAACAGAGCAAAUGUGGAAAUUAUGCGAAUAAAAGUAUUUGACAAAGAUGAAGAGUUUUCUGAUAACUGGCUGGCAAAAUUUACAUUUGUUUCUGGCAACGAGGAUGGCUAUUUCCAAAUUGUAACAGAUACCCAAACAAAUGAAGGAAUUUUGACUGUUGUGAAGGAGCUGGAUUAUGAGAAAAUGCAAAGCCUAAACUUAGGCAUUGUUGUUACAAACAAAGCAGAGUUCCAUAAGUCAAUUAAACCCAGUUACAAAGCAGAAACAAUUCCAAUCAAAAUUAAGGUGAUCAAUGUGCGGGAAGGCCCUGUGUUCCCUGGUGGCACAAAAAUUAUUGAAGCAAGUGAGAAACUGCAGAUAAAGCAGGUUAUUGGACAGUAUCAAGCCUAUGAUGAAGACACUGGGAAAAUCGCAGAGCACAUUACAUACAUGAAAGGAAAAGAUGCAGCAAACUGGAUCACUGUAGACUCAGUCACAGGUGAAAUCAGACUUGCUAAAAAUCUUGAUUAUGAAUCACCUCAUGUAGUAAAUGGUACCUACACUAUCACCAUGUUGGGUGUAACUACUGAUUCCCCAAGGAAAACAAUCACUGGCACAGUCGUCAUUCAAGUUCAAGAUGAGAAUGAUAACUGCCCAAUUAUUGCGAACCCUGUGCAGACUGUGUGUUCAGAUGCAAAAUUAGUUAAUGUUACAGCUCGAGAUUUGGAUAGUUACCCAAAUAGUUAUCCGUUCAGCUUUACUGUCAUUGAUGAACCAGAAGGGACAGCAGAAAACUGGAUAAUUGCAUCUGGAAAUGAUACCAGCAUACAGCUGGUACCACAAAACCUGAAGCCAGGCAGAACUGAAGUUCCCAUGCUAAUAAAGGAUUUCCAAGGGGUCAGCUGUGCUCUGCCACAGUCUCUGCAGCUGACUGUGUGUGAGUGUGCAGAUGAUGGUGUGUGCCAGGAGAAGUUUGUUGGUGCGCAGUCCGUGGGUCUGGGACCAGCAGCGGUUGCACUAAUCAUCUUGGCAUUUUUACUUUUGCUGCUUGUUCCACUGUUACUGCUGCUGUGCCCUGGUGGCUUGGGAGCGAAGGGAUUUGGUGGAGCAAAGACGUUUGCUGACAUACCAGACCACAGUGAAGCGAUGUUGCGUCAGUGGAACAGUGAAGGAGCAGCUCCUCAGGAGAAGCCACUGCUAAGCUUCAUUCCACCCACUGCACUUGGGAACUUGAAAGGAGGAGCAGCAGCAGGAGCAGCAGCAGCAGCAGGAGCAGCAGCAGCAGCAGGAACAGCAGCAGCAGGAGCAGCAGCAGGAAUGAGUGGAGAAGAAGUUCUAAUAGGAACAGGCAGCUCUGCCUCUCACGUAGGAGAGCAUCACAGCACUAUUACCAGGGAAAGAUGGGAAGAGCAAAGGUGUCUUCUUUCUGCUGCCGACUAUGGAGCCAUCAUGGCAGCUGGAGCAGCUGAAGGCAUGACAGGUGUAGAUGGCAAGACAGUAAUGUCUGGAGGAGGAGUUGCUGUGGGAGCAGCAGGAGCCAUGAAUGAAGAAUUCUUAAGAGACUACUUCAAUGAUAAAGCUGUCUCUUUUGCGGAUGAAGAUGAAGAGCAAGCUGCGAAAGACUGUCUCCUGGUUUAUUCCAAAGGGGAAUCAGGCUCCCCUCACGGCUCCAUUGGCUGCUGCAGCUUUAUUGAGGGGGAUCUUGAUGACCAUUUUCUUGAUGAUUUAGGAGAGAAGUUUAAGACUCUAGCAGAAAUUUGUAUAGGUAGACAGAUCAACAUGAAAGAAGGUGGCUACAAGAAUGAAUCGGGUUUUGGUCUUAGUGAAGCUAAGUCACAGUUCUUAGAUCAGCAAAAUGCUUCCACCUCUGAACAAACCUUUGCCUCAGGCAGUGGUUUCCAGUCCCUCCCACCCAUGCAUGCAGGCAGUGGCACUGGAGAAAGCACCCUGUCCAAGGAGGUGGUCACAGAAACAACCUUUUCAUCUUCCCAUUCUGGGCAGCACAAUGCCCUGCACCUCCCCACAGGCCACAUGGAGAGCAAUGUCACCAUGAAGGAAACAUCCUAUUCUGUGGGGGCUCCUGCCCGCUCAGCCCCUGUCUUUUUUGACCCCCAGUUUAAGGAGAACGUAGUGGUGACAGAGAGAGUGCUGGCACCUGCAUCGAGCAUUCAGGGCAUGGUGAAAAUCCCUGAUUUGCCACACGGAAGUAACAUGGUGGUUACGGAAAGGAUGGUGAAGUCAGCAGGUGCAGGGCCAGGAGCCCUGACAGUUCAGGAUCUUCCUGACUCCCAGUAUGUCGUGGUGAGGGAGCGAGAGAGAGUGCUCGUGCCUGCUGCAGAGCAGGGCUUGAUCAGCUUCCCCACUUCCACGGAGGAACGCAGCACGGUGCUGAAUGAAAGGGUGGUGACAGCCUCAGGGCUGCAGAGCAGAGCUGAACAGGCAACAGGUGCCAGCUCAGGAAGGCAAGAGCAUGCUCUGAUCACAGACUCCCCACUUAACUUGAUGGCCUCUGACAUAAAAGGGCCACCUCCUGCCAGUGCCACACUGAGCAAGUCUUCCAGGGUCACCAAAUACAGCACAGUGCAGUACACUCGCUCAUAG